AUGAGGUUUCGAUUGAGCCGAUAUCUUAAAAGACGGACUUUAUUGCUGUUGAGUUUAACAAGUAUCGCGUUGUUUUUCGUGACCGAGUUUCCUCCUAGAUUUCAGAGUGAUAACACUGAAGAUGAUACUCUUAAUGUUGGACUUAACUCAAUUAAGAAAGACAUCGUUUACGAAGAUCCAGACUUUAUUCCCGAUUUUACACAGGACUUGGAUCUAGUCAAAUUGUCCGCGUGGGGUUACAAGCCUAAGAACACAUGGCACCAAUAUUACCAACACUUAUUCCGAAAGUAUAACAUGAACUGGACAAGAAAUAGCUACCCCGAAAUAAAAUGUGAUAAAAAAUUCGAAGAAACAUUAGACGGGAACAUGGAGGUCAUUUCAAAUUAUCCUUUGAAUGUGCCCGAGAAAUACCUCGAAGAAUUAUCACUGGACGAAAAAGGGAUUGAAAAAUUAUCCAAACCCGUGUUGAACCCAAGGAAAUAUCCCGUAUUUGUGACAGCCGCAUCGUCAAAUCAUUAUAAAGAAUCCCAAGGAAUGAUUAAAACAUAUCAUCAACUGCUUAAUAUCCAUCCUGAUCUCAAAUUGAUAUAUUUUGAUAUUGGUUUGACGGACGCACAAAGGACGGAGUUGAGUACAUAUUGUAAAUGUGAAGUAAGGAUAUAUGAGUCGUCGAAAUAUCCUCCACACGCAGCAGAGAAAAGAGGGUUUGCUUGGAAACCAAUUUUGAUACAAACAGUUCUAAAGGAAUAUGAUUUAGUUAUGUGGAUGGACGCUUCUGUGGUCUACGAAGGAACUUCUUUGGAUGAAGUCAGUUUCCGUACAAGACAAAGAGGCAUUCAAGCAAUGCAUGGAGCCGGUGCCGUUUGUGAAAGAACGUCAAAGAUCAGUUUUGAUUUUCUCAAAGAAGAUCCCUGCCUGUUCAAUCUACCUGAAGUAGAGGCGACAUGGAUUGUAAUAAGUCGGAACAGGUUCACUUUGGAAUACUUAAUGAAACCAUGGGUUUCGUGUGGUCUUACCUACAAUUGCAUGACUUUUAAGAAUAGUAAUUUCUAUCUUGGAUGUAUUGGAAAUAGAAAGUUCCACAGGUGUCAUCGAUUUGAUCAAUCAAUAUUAGGUAUUAUCAUUAACCGUCUUUUCCAUGAACAAAGGAGAGUAGUUGAAUUUGAUGUGGCGCCAGUUCUUCAUAUUCAGCGAAAUGCACAGUCACAUUAUUUUGAACAGCUUAAAAAACAGCUUAAGUAG